CAACUUUACUCAUAGUUGGGAGCUGCAGUCGGUAGUGCAACCCUUCUACAACUAUUCAUUCUCAUUCUCCCCUCUGACUGGAACACGUACCAAAGCAGAGGCAACGCCGAUUAAUGUGUCGCUGUCAUUUCUUCCUUCUGCUGUUUUUUUCAUGACCAAUUCACCCAAUUUCUGCACAUCAACAGCUUCCUCUGGUCUCCCUAUUCCCCGCGCUGAUUCGCAGUCGCAGUCCGAUACCCCGCCAGGCAGCCCAGGCGUCACAGCACAGCGAACAGCAUAACAGCAGGCAAGCAGAAUACUGCAGACGCCCGAUCCAACUCAACCUCAGCGAGGCUUUCUGUAAGUUAUUGGACUCGAAUCUGGGAUGAAUGCAUCUUUGUUCAGGAGCCUUAAAACAGCUCUUUUCUCGGUGAACUCGGGCGCUGAUUCACAUGGUCUUCGGUUUGACAGAAGUAGCAACAAUCAUCACACGACCUCAAGUCACGAACAUUAUACAAAAGAUAACGAGCCGUCUCUACAAGUGCGAACCCUUGCUACCCAGACCUUAUCUCUUUCCAGACUUCCCAUUUCAACUUGAAGACCCUCCGUCAAAGCCUCGACGCAAACCGAACCGACUCGAACACGUCCAAAAUGACUUCCAACCGAAUUCGUAGAGUCGCCAAAGAGUUGGCCGAUAUCCAGAACGAUAGCGACUCGAGAAUUUUCUGUGAGCCUUCCAAUGAUGGCGGUGAUCUGAACCAUUUGCGGGCAACUUUCCCAGGUCCUCCCGAUACGCCUUAUGAGGGUGGAACCUACAUUGUAGAUAUCAAGAUUCCACAAGAGUACCCUUUCCGACCUCCAGUCAUGUUCUUCACAACCAAGCUAUGGCAUCCAAACGUCAGCUCACAGACUGUAAGCUCAGCCUACUCCUAUAACUUUUGAGCGGAGCUGACAUAUAAUAGGGUGCUAUUUGCCUUGAUACUCUUGGUACAGCCUGGUCCCCAGUUCUUACUAUCAAAUCCGCUUUACUAUCCCUCCAAUCACUUCUUAGCACCCCGGAGCCAAAGGAUCCACAAGAUGCCGAAGUUGCCAGCAUGUUGAUGAAUCAUCCAGAAGAGUUUCAGCGUAUUGCUAGGGAAUGGGCUAUCAAGCAUGCAUCUGCUCCGCCACACACAUCAUGGGACGUUCAGUCUUCUAAGAACAUCCUUCCUGCCAAACCAAAGACCAAACAGGCACUCUCCAAGGAAGAGGAAAUGCGAAAGUACCAUGGCUAUAACAAGGAUCUCAUCGAUCGGUUCGUAAAUAUGGGGUUUGAUAUUGAUCGGGUUGUGGAGGCAUUUGAAUUUGUCCAUAUUGACAAGAAUAAUGGGGAGGAUUAUGAGCUUGAGGAGGCAUACAUGGGUGAUAUUACGGCUAGACUCUUGGGGGAACCAUGAAGAGGGUUUAGUUUUUGGCUGAGGGGUAGUUUGGCGAAUAACUCAAAGGCUUGAGCGGUGGUGGUAAAGCGACCCCAGUUAGUCUGACGGUUUGAUGAUUUGCAUGGCUCUGGCGUUUGGAAAGAGGAUUUGCUUA